AUGGCAAUGGACGAAGUCGACCGCGAGAUCGCGGCCGCCGAGCGCGCCGCCUCUCCCGAACGCUACCACGGCCGUGAGAGCCACGAGAUCGAGCGCGUCCUUUCCGCAUCCUCUUCAUCCUCCGCGUCCUCCGUCUCCACCGGCCGCCGCCCGUUCUCUCGCACCGGCACCGGCAUCAGCCGCGUCUCGACUCAGAAUGAUCUCGAAAGACACCCCACGGCCCUGAGCCGCAUCGCGACGGCCCGCAGCCAGCACUCUAAUACCGUCGGCCGCAGCAUCAAGAGCAAGCAGUCCAACAGGCCGCUCCCGCAAAUGGGCGCCGGCAAGCCGUACCCGCCGCCGUUGCCCGAACAGGAGGAGUACGUUGUGGAAUUCGACGGGCCCAACGACCCCCUGCACGCGCAGAACUGGCCGUUGAAGAAGAAGUUACUUACAGCCGCAAUGCUUGGCUUCACCACGAUGACAGCCGCAUUCUGCAGCAGUAUCUUCUCCGCGGCAACCCAGGUUAUUGCGAUUGAGUAUGGCGUGUCGACAACUGUCGGCACGCUUGGUGUGUCCUUCUACGUGUUGGGCUUCGCCUUUGGACCCAGUUUGUGGGCGCCGCUUUCCGAGCUGAAGGGCAGAAGACUGCCCCUAGUCCUCGCCAUGUUUGGCUUCUCCGUAUUCUCCAUUGCUACUGCUACCGCCAAGGAUCUUCAGACUAUUCUCAUCACUCGAUUCUUCGCUGGAUUCUUCGGCGCCUGUCCGCUGGCUGUCGUCGCCGCUGUGUUCUCAGACAUGUUCGACAACCGCAGCCGUGGUAGCGCUAUUACUGUCUUCUCAAUGGCCGUCUUCACCGGUCCGCUGCUGGCUCCUUUCAUUGGUGGCUACAUUGUCGAGUCUCACCUUGGCUGGCGCUGGACUGAGUACCUUGCGGCUAUCAUGGGCUUCUUCGCCUUCGGUCUGGAUUUGCUCUUCCUCGAGGAGACAUACCCGCCUGUUAUCCUGGUCAGCAAAGCUUCGGAGCUGCGCCGUCGCACCCGCAACUGGGGCAUUCACGCCAAGCAGGAGGAAAUCGAGGUCGACUUCAAGGAAUUGGUCAACAAGAACUUCUCUCGUCCCAUGCGCCUCCUCUUCGGAGAGCCCAUCGUCACCGCCUUGUCUGUAUACAUGGCCUUCAUCUACGGACUUCUGUAUCUCUUCCUGACGGCAUACCCCUUCGUCUUCCGCGGCAUUCACGGCUUCAACGCUGGCCAGUCCGGCCUGACCUUUUUCGGCAUGAUUACCGGCCAGCUCAUUGCUGGCGUUACUGUCCUUCUUCAGCAACCCUGGUAUCUUCGCAAGCUCAAGGCCAACAACGGCGUUCCCAUUCCCGAGUGGCGUCUGCCCAGCGUCAUCGCUGGCGGCAUCUUCUUCUCAGCCGGUAUCUUCUGGUUCGGAUGGUCCGGCUACUGCGCAGACAUCCACUGGAUCGUCCCCACCCUUAGCGGUCUCUUCACCGGCUUCGGCCUCAUGUCGAUCUUCCUCCAGGCCCUCAACUACCUGGUCGAUGCCUAUCUCAUGUUCGCUGCCUCCGCCAUUGCUGGAAACACCUUCCUCCGUUCCCUCUGCGGCGCCGGCUUCCCCUUGUUUGCGAGCUAUAUGUUCAACGGCAUGGGAAUCGAAUACGCUUCGACCCUCUUGGGUUGUGUCGCUGUCGUCCUUGCUCCUAUCCCAGUGAUCUUCUACAUCUGGGGACACAAGAUCCGCGCCAAGAGCGCGUACGCCCCGACCUUUGCGGCGCCUGCCGACGAGCCCGAGGAGUCCGUCGAGGACCUCACCAACGGCCACGUCAGCCACGAGAACGAGAAGCCGCCUUCCGUCAACGGGCCCUCGAGCAUCCCGAGGACCAGCGGCAACAAGGCCGAGAACGCCGUCUAA